CGUGCACCUCGCGGGGGCCUAGGGUUUGCCCCCACCGCCGCGACGGCGCCGGACCCCGCCGCCGCGGAUGCUAUGCUGCUGGGCUGCAGGUCCCUCUCCUCCUGGGUACGCCGCCUCGUCGCCUGCAUGGGAAGUUGCCUUGGAUGCUGUGGCUGCGCUAAGCCUGCUCCGAUAACAGCGGUCGAUGAGCCUUCAAAGGGCUUGAGGAUCCAGGGCCGUUCGGUAAGGAAGACCAACCUGUCCGGGGGCUUCUGGAGCACGAGCACGCAUGAGGUCGGAAACAGCGCGCUUCAGUCCCAGAGAAGCAUGUCUUCGAUCAGCACGGCGCCGCAGUCGAGUGAUCAGCAUGGAGCUGGAAGCAGCAGCAGCAAACCUAACGAGUUUGUAAAUCAAGGUCUCGCCCAUUGGAACCAGACUAGACAACAGUGGGUUGGAAACAAAAAACGCAAACCUCGACCGGAAAAGUCUCAAGAGCCAAAAAUAAGCUGGAACACAACAUAUGAGAGCCUGCUAGGGAGCAAUAAGCCAUUCUCCCAACCAAUCCCUCUUGCUGAAAUGGUAGACUUGCUUGUGGACGUCUGGGAGCAGGAAGGCCUAUACAGUUAGGCAGGGACGGCGCAUUUGUUUAAGUCGCGUUAAUUUCUCAUGUGUUUCUAAGAUUAUAGAUUGUCAGGAGCUAGGUUGGUGAAAGUGUAUACAUGGUGAGCUCGUUCGUGUACCGCGAAGUCGCGAACCUUGAACAAUAUGGCAUCUAUAUCUUUGAUCAAUUGUAAUUUAAUACUUCCUGCUUUAUUAUGAUAAUGACAGAUUGUACAGGAGGGUAAUAAACUGAUAUAUACAUGGACAUACUCCAGUUGA